UGUUAUUAUCAUUAGAUUCAAAUUGUUCAGUUCAUCCCGCUAAAUACAACUAAAAAAAAAGCCAUUCUCUUUUUUUAUUUUAUUUUCUCGCUUCCCAAACAAAACGCUAAUAGAAAGCUUUGAACCGGAGCUAUUAUUGUAAUUUAUAUAUAUAUAUAUAUAUAUAUAUACAAGCUCAAAAGCUUUUAGGGUUUUGGAUUUGGUUUUUUCUUUUUGAUUCAAACGGAAACUUUAGAUGGAGGCUGCGGUGGUCGAUGCCGGCUCCAAGUUCCUCAAAGCCGGUCCUGCCAUUCCCGAUCAAGCUCCUUCCAUGAUAAUUCCUACCCAAAUGAAACGCAUGCCUGAAGAUGGAUCAAUGGAUGAUAGUUCAUUGUCUGAGGAAAUUAUUAUUGAUCCAGUUGUUCGAGGUUACAUUAGAGACUGGGAUGCCAUGGAAGAUCUGUUGCACCAUGUUCUAUAUUCUGGUCUUGGAUGGGAGAUGGGCAAUGAAGGACAAAUAUUAUUUACAGAUCCCCUUUCUACCCCCAAGGCUGUCAGAGAACAAUUGGUGCAGCUGAUGUUUGAAACGUUCAACAUCUCAGGCUUUUAUGCAUCAGAGCAAGCAGUGUUAUCACUAUAUGCCGUUGGACGUAUCUCAGGAUGCACUGUCGAUAUUGGUCAUGGAAAGAUAGAUAUUGCUCCAGUAAUUGAAGGUGCCGUUCAGCAUAUUGCCUCUAGAAGAUUUGAAAUUGGAGGUAUUGAUUUGACAAAGUUACUUGCUCAAGAGCUUCACAAAUCUAAUCCGCUAGUUAAUAUCAGCAUGUCUGAUGUUGAGAAAAUAAAAGAGCAAUAUUCGUGUUGUGCGGAUGAUGAACUUGCUUAUGACAAGACCAAAAAUUCAUGCCAGAUAGAGAAGCAUACCCUUCCUGAUGGACAGGUGAUAACGAUUGGAAGAGAGAAAUAUACUGUUGGCGAGGCUUUAUUUCAACCAUCUUUAUUGGGUUUAGAGGCACAUGGAAUUGUUGAGCAGCUAGUUCGGAGUAUAUCAACAGUGUCAUCUGAUAACCACCGGCAGCUGCUAGAAAACACUGUACUCUGUGGUGGCACUGCUUCGAUGCCUGGUUUUGAAGACAGGUUUCAGAAAGAAGCUAGCCUGUCCUCAUCUGCUGUUCGUCCUGCUCUGGUCAAGGCUCCAGAAUAUAUGCCAGAGAAUUUGACAGUGUGUUCAGCAUGGGUGGGAGGUGCAAUACUUGCCAAAGUUGUCUUUCCCCAAAAUCAGCAUAUAACCAAGGCAGACUAUGAUGAAACAGGACCUUCCAUUGUUCACCGGAAAUGCUUCUGACAAUAUUCAUCUGAACGAAUUCUCAAUUGUUUAUUAGGUUAAUCAUUCCUUCUUGUAUUAUACCAUAUAAUUAUGUAGUAGGAAAAAAAUGAGAUUACUGGGUUCUGAAUGUGGAAAGAAAGCCUUUUAAUUACUUAGGCGAUCUAACAUAUUGUAGUUCAUUGGUUCACCUCUUUUAAAAGAUUGGCUUUUUAUACUCCAUGUACUGCAUGAAUUAAAUGGUUUGAUAGAUGUCCUUUUAUUUUCCUCCUAA